CUUCAAGGGUCAUCUUUUUUUCAUUGCAAACUGUAUUUCCAAAACUAAUCUCACCACCUCAGGCCUCUCUCUCUCUCCAUCUACGACGGAUGCCAGCCACGGUGGCGCUUCAGGCUCUCAUCGGAGACUACUCGGAGCGGCGACGCUUUUACUAUUCUUCUACAGUAUUACACUCGAUCUCUUCUCAAUUCGAUCCAUCCCUGACUUCUUUUGUGUCUGAAGUAAACCCUUAAUCGGCAAUAGCCUUGAAGAAAUGACAGAAAUAUUGAAGGACACAUCUGAGAGACAAUUAUCCCAACUCUUGUAUGCGGUAUUCUUCUUUCAUGCCUCUGAAUACCUUUUAGCAAUUGCAUGUCAUGGGAAAUCAAAAGUAACAAUCGAGUCUCUUUUAAUCAGCAAAGACUACCUCUUAGCAAUGAUCUUAUCCAUGCUAGAAUACCUACUCGAACUACACUUCUUCCCCAGUUUAAAAAACAAUUGGUCAAUAAGCAACACAGGGCUUAUGUUAGUAAUUCUUGGAGAAACCAUCAGGAAGCUUGCCAUUUUAACAGCUGGAAAGGCUUUUUCUCAUAUUAUUCAAAGAUACCAUGAAGAUGAUCACAAAUUAAUCACUUAUGGGAUUUAUGGAGUAAUCCGUCAUCCAGGGUACAGUGGUUUCUUGAUUUGGUCUGUAGGCACUCAGAUUAUGUUGUGUAACCCUGUGUCAACCAUUGCAUUUGCUAUAAUCCUUUGGGAUUUCUUCCAUAAUAGAAUCCCAUAUGAGGAGUUUUUCUUGAAACAGUUUUUUGGGUUGGAACAUGAUGCUUAUGCUCAACGGGUUUGGUCUGGGAUUCCUUUUGUGAAGUAUGCUCCUGUGUUUCAUUUGGAGGGUGUCUUCUCCGCCUAUCAGUUGUCGUAUUUGUAUCCCCUUCUUCCCUACGCCACCACCAUCAGUCACCGCCAGUUGGACUCAAGAGUUCAACAGAGGUUGGAAAAUAAAUUCUUUUGUUGUUGGUCAGUGCUACAAGUCAAUCAGGUUUAUGGCGAUGACCGAUCAUUAUGAUGUUCGAAAGAAAAUCACUCAUUCCAGAAAACCUUUGUCACUGCGAUUUUCUGUUUUUAGCUUUUUAAAAACCGAAAAAAAAACAGAGCCAUUGGAAGCACUUGACAGGAUUAAAAAUGGGUGAUCUUAGAAGCUAUCUUCAAAAGAUAGGAAAGUUGUCCCCAUCAAAAGCUCUUACAUUUGCUCUGGAUAUUGGGAGGCAAGUAGUUUUUUUAACCUCAGUUUAUGUGAAUCAGGAGAAAAAAGGGGUAUGAGUUAUCUUCAUGACAGUAAGACAUAUCCAAUUAUCCACUGUGAUUUAAGGCCAAAGGUGCCAGAAAUAAUUUGCUGGAUAGUGGGGGCCAAUUGAAAGUUGCAGAUAUAUAGGCAAGAGUUAUAGGUUUAUAUACGUAUUAUAUUCUUUAUUUUUAUAAUUGUUGUUUUAAUUUAUUUUUGAUUUAAUUAUUAAAAUGUAAUUGUUGUUGAACAUUGAAGCAACAUAUAAGAUUACUUUUUUAUGAUUACCAAUGGACAAUGUAGAUAAGGUGUUCAUGUUGUAAAAAAAAGCACAAAGGGUAAAAAAUAGCAACAUACUUUAGUUACUUUACAAAUAAAUGCAAUGUACUUUUAUGUAAAGUUGGUAGACGUUUCUAAUUACAACUACCUGCAUAAAACUAAAAAAAUGAUGAGUUUACUCUUUGCAGCCUAUAUAUUCAUUGCAUUACUUAGUUAUUCUAAUGUGCUCAAAAUAUCACAAAACUUGCAGGCAUCUAUUACUCCACUUUGUGUUAUAAUGACAAAGGACAAACCACCAGUUUUAAUUCGUGUUCUUCUUGACUGGUCUGUUGAUUUUCUAUAUAUUUUUGUACUAUUUCUUAAAGUUCUUAUUAUGUUAGCAAACAGCCACAUCUUUUUACUUAUGGAUAUGAAAAGAUUCCCAAAGAGCUCAUUAUUUGUGUGUCACUAUCACCUCUUUUGAGAUGGUAUUUUCCGGAUUUUGGGCUUUUAAGCAGGGUGAGGCUUCUUAAGGAGCAUAUGAGGCUACUUGGUGAGGAACCUACGAAGUAAGCUAAACUUCGUUAAAAUGAGCGAUUAUGGUUUCUUUUUAAUAUGUCAUUUUGCAAUAUAUGGUGUUUUAUCAUUAGUUUUUCCAGAUAUUGCUUAUAAAGUUUUUGAGAAAAUGAUGAACAUUUGGAGAUAUUGGUGAAAAAGGCAACAUUUGAGAAAAUUUGAAUAUAGUUGGCUUACAAUUAUGUAUCUGGAUUGCACACGUGUCGUCCUGAUAGAGCAACAUGGGAUUUGAUAGCUAUGGUGGAAAAUGGGAAACAUGAGGGACCAGCUACCUAUUCUGUCACAUUUGUGUGGAAUGGACAUGAGGGAGAGAAUGUGGAAUUAAUUAGAGGUUUCGCUGGGAAUUGGAAAGAACCGGUUAAAGCAAUCCAUAAAGGUGGGCCACAAUAUGAACCUGAAGUUCGACUUGCUAAGGGGAAGUCUUAUUAUAAGUUUAUAGCGAAUGGGAAUUGGAGGCAUUCAACAACUUCACCCACAGAAAAGGAUGAUAGGGGGAAUGUUAAUAACAUACUUGAGGUUGGUGACGUGGCAAAUGUGAGGCCUUCUAUUCAACAUCCAACGAAGGAAAACAUGUCAGAAGCCAUCAAAAUAUGCAACAAGAUCGUGCAACACCAUCCAACACCAUAACAAAAGCAGCAUCAUCCACUUCUACAACAUUGACCACUUUUGUAUGCAGUUCUGUAAUGAAAAAUGAUGUAAUCACCAUCUAAUGAACAACUUUCUUUUGAUCCA